CGCAUCCUGGACGAUGAAGUCGAAGCCAUGGCACUAGCCAUGUCCUCGAUCCGGUCGCGUCGUAAUGCUCUCUCCUUCCCGUGUCGACUGCCAUCCGAAGUCCUGGCCCGCUGCUUCUGGUUCCUCGUCGCUGCUCAUCCACCGGGUCCUCGGUCGUCGCUCGGAUGGAUACGCAUAUUGCAUGUCUCUACGCAUUUCCGUCACGUCGCGCUUGCGGAACCGACACUCUGGACGAAAGUUUCAUUCGUUCUUGGUCUUAAAUGGGCUGAGCGGAUGGCCUCUCUUGCAAAAGCGGUACCACUAUCCAUUAAAUAC